AGGAACGAACUCGGCCGAGCCCGCCCCGUGACGUCACUUCCGCCAGCUGCCCCGGAUGUUGUUGCCGCGGCCACGGCCGCAGGACGGGCACGGGCGCGGCGAGGCUCCGGAUCCCCCUCCGGGAACCGCGCACCGUCCGACCAGGGGGCGCGGCGUGACGUCAGCACGGUGACGUAACACCAGCCCCCCGCUUCCCCGGCUCGGGGGGGGCGGCGGCGGCGGCGAAACCCCCCCGGAACCCCCAACCCCCACCGAGACCCCGCCCCAACAUGGCGGCGACGGCGGGGGGCGGGGCCUCGCCGGGGGGCGGGGGCGGGGCCGCGCUGGAGGAGGAGUGCGAGGUUGUGCGCGUGCGCGUCAAGAAGAACGAGGGGCAGCAGCCGCCCGAAUUCCGCUCCUUUGCUGUGGACCCGCAGAUCACCUCGCUGGAUGUUCUGCAGCACAUCCUGGCCCGGGCCUUUGACUUGCAGGGGAAGAAAAGCUUCGUUUUGAGCUUUGCGGCGCGGGACGGGCAGGGCCAGGACACCUUUGUGCCUCUGCUGAGCGAUGGUGACCUGGCCAACGCCUUCAACUGCGCCCGGCCCACGCUGAGGCUGCGCCUGGAUGUGAGGAACCCCCCUGACAGCCCGCUGCUGGAGGACUGGGACAUCAUCAGCCCGCGCGAGGUGGCGGCGGCCGAGCCGGUCCCCGAGCGCCGCUCGCUGCUGGCGGCGGCCCUGCCCUUCACCCAGGCUCUGCUGGCACAGGUGGGCCGGACGCUGGCGCGGGCACAGGCGGCCCUGGCGUGGCCCGAGGGGACCCCGGCCGUGUCCCCGCCCCCUCCCCCGCCCCCGCCCUGCGCCCCCCUGAGCGACGCCGACCUGAGGUCGUACCUGGGCCCAGGUGGGCGCCUGCUGCGGCCCCAGGACCUGCGGCUGCACGUCUUCCACGGCGGCGUCGAGCCCGGCCUGCGCAAGGUGGUGUGGCGUUACCUGCUGAACGUGUUCCCCGCCGGCCUGACGGGCCAGGAGCGCCUGUCCCACCUGCGCCUCAAGGCGGCCGAGUACUCCUCGCUCAAGGUGGCGCUGGCCGCCCGCGCCGCGCCGGCCGAGCUGGCGCAGGUGGCGGCGGCCGUGCGCAAGGACGUGGUGCGCACCGACCGCGCCCACCCUUACUUCGGCGGCCCCGAGGAGGGGCACCCUCACCUGGCGGCGCUGCAGGCGCUGCUCACCACCUUCGCGCUGGGCCACCCGCGCCUCUCCUACUGCCAGGGCAUGUCGGACGUGGCGGCUCCGCUGUUGGCCGUGCUGGACGACGAGGCUCAGGCCUUCCUGUGCUUCUGCUCGCUGAUGCGCCGCUUAGCUCCGCGCUUCCGGCCCGGCGGCCGCGGGUUGGCCCGCGCCUUCGGUCACCUCCGCCGGCUGCUGCGCCGCGCCGACCCGCAGUUCUGGGCUUUCCUGGCGGCGCGCGGAGCUCACGACCUCCUCUUCUGCUACCGCUGGCUGCUGCUGGAGCUCAAGCGCGAGUUCGCCUUCGAGGACGCGCUCAAGGUGCUGGAGAUCACUUGGAGCUCGCUGCCGCCCGCUCCGCCGCCGCCCCCCGAGGGCGUCCCGCUGCUCGGAGCUCCUCUGGGAGCUCGCAGGGCCGGCCGGGCCUUGAGGGAGCGGCGGGGGCUGAGGCCGAGGCCGCCCAGGAGGAGGAGGAGGAGGAGGAGGAGGAACGUGGAGGAGGAAGAAGAGGAAGAUGGAGGAGAAGGUGCUGGUGGUGGGUUUGGGGGUCUCAAGGGUUCCUGUGAUGGACCUGAGGGUGUCAAGAGCUCCAGUGAUGAUCCAGGUGGUUCCACAAGUUCUAGUAAAGUCUCAGGUGGUCCCACAACCUCCAGUGAUGUCCUCAGUGGUCCCACAACCUCCAGUGAUGUCCCAGGUGGUUCCAAGAGCUCCAGUGAUGAUCCAGGUGGUCCCACGAGCUCCAGUGAUGUCCCAGGUGGUCCCACGAGCUCCAGUGAUGGCCCAGAAGGUCCCACAAGCUCCAGUGGUAGCCCUGGAGGUCUCAAGACUUCCAGUGAUAGCCCAGAGGGUCCCAAGAGCUCUGGAGAUGUCUCCAACAGCCCCAAGACUUCCAGCAAGGUCCUCGAGAGUCCCAAGAGCUUCAGUGACGUUCUAGAAGGUUCCAAGGGCAGCCAGGAGGGUCCCGAAAGCCCCAGCGAUGUCCCUGAUGGUCCCAGGGACAGCCAGGAGAGUCCCAAGAGCUUUAAGAACAUUCAGGAAGGUCUGGAGAGCUCCAGUGAUGUCCCCAAAGGUCACAAAAGCUCCAGAGAUGAUUCCAAAGGUCACAAGAGCUCCAGAGAUGUCCCCAAAGGUCACAAGAGCUCCAGGAAGGUCCAGGGGAGACCCUCCAGGGGUGCUGGAGGAGCCCCCGAGGGCUCCAAGGACUCGGAGCCAGGUGGCCCCAGGAAGGUGGAGGAAGGCACCGACGCCCUGGAGAUGGAGCAGAGACCCCACAGCCUCUGCUGGGCGGCUGCAGAAGACCCCAGAAAAGGACAGGGUGGCCCCAGAGAGGGACACGACCCAAGAGAAGGACGAGGUGACCUCAGAAAAGGACGAGGUGACCUCAAAGAGGGAUUUGAUGACCCCAAAGAGGGACAGGAUGACCCAAGAGAAGGAGGAGAUGACCCUGAUGACCUCAAGGGUCAGGAUGAUCUCAGAGAAGGACACAGCUUAGGAGAAGACCACAACAACCCCAAGGAUGGCCACCGUGACUCCAGGGAUGGCCGCCAUGACCCCAAGGUUGACCACCAUGGCUUCAAAGAUGGCCACCAUGACUCCAGACACGGCCAUGAUGACCCCAAGGAAGGACGUGAUGAUCUCAGACAUGGUCACAAUGACCUCAAGCAUGGCCGUGAUGACCUCAAGGAAGGACGUGAUGAUCUCAGACAUGGUCACAAUGACCUCAAAGAUGGCCAUGAUGACCUCAAGGAAGGACGUGAUGAUCUCAGACAUGGUCACAAUGACCUCAAGGAAGGACAUGAUGAUCUCAGACCUGGUCACAAUGACCUCAAACAUGGCCAUGAUGACCCCAAGGAAGGACGUGAUGAUCUCAGACAUGGUCACAAUGACCUCAAACGUGGCCGUGAUGACCUCAAGGAAGGACGUGAUGAUCUCAGACAUGGUCACAGUGAUCUCAAACAUGGCCACGAUGACCUCAAGGAAGGACAUGAUGAUCUCAGACGUGGCCAUGAUGACCUCAAGGAAGGACAUGGUGAUCUCAGACAUGGUCACAAUGACCUCAAAGAUGGCCGUGAUGACCUCAAGGAAGGACGUGGUGAUCUCAGACAUGGUCACAAUGAUCUCAGAUGUGGUCACAAUGACCCCAAGGAAGGACAUGGUGAUCUCAGACCUGGUCACAAUGAUCUCAGACAUGGUCACAGUGACCUCAAACGUGGCCAUGAUGACCUCAAGGAAGGACGUGGUGAUCUCAGACAUGGUCACAAUGACCUCAAACAUGGCCAUGAUGACCUCAAGGAAGGACGUGGUGAUCUCAGACAUGGCCACGAUGACCUCAAGGAAGGACGUGAUGAUCUCAGACAUGGUCACAAUGACCUCAAGGAAGGACGUGAUGAUCUCAGACCUGGUCACAAUGACCUCAAACACGGCCAUGAUGACCCCAAGGAAGGAUGCGGUCACCCCAGCCAUGGCCACGGUGACCCCAGACACGACCACCACGACCCCAAGGACAUCCACGACGACCUCAAGCACGGCCACCACCACCACCCCAAGGACGACCACGUCCACCACGACCUCGCCGACCACCCCAUCAGAACCACCCGCCACCACCCCACCACCCCCGACGACCCUUGGGGCGGCCGCUGGGCUUGGGAAGACCCUUCCACCACCUCCUCCUCCUCUUCGUGCUCCUCAUGUUCCUCCUCAUCCUCCUCCUCCUCGGACGAGGAGGUGACGGUGGAGGACGACGGAGCUCCGCUGCCACCUCCGGAGGAGCUUGGCCAGGGCAACCCCUUCCUGCUGUUCGUGUGCCUGGCCAUGCUGCUGGAGCAGCGCGACGCCGUCAUGGCGCGCGGCGGCGACUACAACGAGGUGGCCAUGCACUUCGACCGCCUGGUGCGGCGCCACCAGCUGCCGCGCGUCCUGCGCCGCGCCAAGGCGCUCUUCGCCAGGUACCUCGAGGGCUGGGGGGCCACCGCGCCGGGGGGACCUCCGGCCGGACCUCCCUCGGGGUAAGGGGGGGAUGUGGAGGAAGGUGGCAGGAGAUGACAGGUGGGGGAGAGGGUGGGAGAGGUGGGGGCGGUGGAGGGAUGAGGUGGUGGAACAUCGGAGAACGUCUCCAGGAGGUGCUGGGGUUAUCGCAAGGGGCUCCAAAGUCACUGGAGGUGUGUAGGAGAACGUGGUGACCCCAUAGGACAUCUCAAAGAGGUUCUGAGGUUAUCACAGAGGGGCUCCAAAGUCACUGGAGGUGUGUAGGACACCGUGGUGACUCCAUAAAACAUCUCAAAGUUGGUCUGAGGACAUCAUGAGGAGCUUCAAAGUCACUGGAGGUCUGUAGGAGAACAUGGUGACCCCAUAGAACAUCUCCAGGAGGUGCUGAGGUUAUCACAAGGGGCUCCAAAGUCACUGGAGGUCUGUAGGACACUGUGGUGACUCCGUAAAACAUCUCAAAGUUGGACUGAGGACAUCAUGAGGGGCUCCAAAGUCAUUGGAGGUGUGUAGGAGAACAUGGUGACCCCAUAGAACAUCUCAGAGUUGGACUGAGUUUGUCAGGAGGGGCUCCAAAGUCACUGGAGGUCUGUAGGACACUGUGGUGACUCCAUAGAACGUCUCAAAGUUGGACUGAGGUUGUCAGGAGGGGCUCCAGAGUCAGUGGAGAUCUGUAGAAGAACAUGGUGACCCCAUAGAACAUCUCAAAGAGGUUCUGAGGUCAUUGUGAGGGGUUCCAAAGUCACUGGAGGUCUGUAGGAGAACAUGGUGACCCCAUAGAACAUCUCAAAGAGGUUCUGAGGUUGUCAGGAGGGGUUCCAAAGUCACUGGAGGUGUGUAGGACACUGUGGUGACUCCAUAAAACAUCUCAAAGUUGGACUGAGGACAUCAUGAGGGGCUUCAAAGUCACUGGAGGU